GCUUCAUCUGUCUCUCUUCAGUGUGUUAACAGUGUUUGUGUCUUCCACUAGGGAAGGUUUUGGAGGAAUGAGACUGUAAAGACUGAGCUGUUCUCUGUCUCUUACUGAACACUCCUGCAAGAACAGUGAGAAAGCCAGGAAUAUCAGUCCACCAGAAAAUACAGGACACAGAGAAAAACAGAAAAAAGUAAGAAUGCAGUCAGAGCUUGUGUCACUGGCGACACUUCAGCCUCCAAAUGCAUCCGUCACUCCAGCAUACCUGGAUUUUUUCAACUCGACAGAGUGGGAACUAGUCCACUCCAUCAUUCCACCGUACAUCUUCACCGUGUGCUUGACAGGAAUUCUGGGAAAUUCUCUCGUAUUGGUAGUGUUCCUGCUCCAGGGAAGCCGCUGGUCCGUGCCUGAGAUCUAUCUCGGGAAUCUGGCGCUGGCUGACCUCAUCCUGCUAGUCUGUCUGCCGUUUUGGGCCAUGAACAUCCUGAACUAUUUCAUGUGGUCUUACGGAGAGAUCAUGUGCAAGGUGGUCAACCUCUCCAUUAACGUCAACAUGUACACCAGCAUCUACAUGCUGGUGAUGGUGAACGUGGACCGCUACCUCGCGCUCGCUUUGACCAUGAAGGCCAUGUGGCUUCGUCGGAAACGCUACGCUAAGUUAAUUUGUGUCGUUCUUUGGCUGUUCGGUGUGGGAAUGGGAGCUCCGACGGCUGUCAUGCGAAAACUGAAAGAUAUUCCAGGUCACCGAGCCGUCGAAUGCCACCUGGAUUAUCCCGACACGACUUGGAGACUCGCUCAUCUUCUGCAGCUGAACCUGGUGGGCUUCGCUCUGCCGUUUCUGGUCAUCACGUUCUGCUGCGUCAAUAUCAUCCGGGCUUUGAAGCGACGGAGACAUAUCGUUUAUUGGGAGGACAGAAACGACAAGAAGGCUACGGUCCUGGUGUGCGCCGUCACCCUGCUCUUCCUCAUCUGCUGGGGUCCGUUUCACUUCAUAACUUUACUGGACUUGCUCUGUGAUCUAAAGGUUUUGGAUGAGAAUGAGUGGUCUCACUUUCUAAACAUCGGAAGCCAGUUUUCUGUGUAUCUUGCGUUCUCAAACAGCUGCCUGAACCCGCUGCUGUAUGUUUGCUCAGGAAACUAUUUCAAGAGGAAAGUCAGCAGCAUCUAUAACAGAAGAAAACACUCCUCAGAUGCGACCGCGCUUCAGCGGAGUGUUUUAACCUCUACGACAACCGCCAAUCAAAUCAAGCCUGUUGUGUUACAUGAGAAAGACUAUAAGUAAGAUUUUUUACAAAAUUUCUAGUAUUGAUGCAAUUAUGGUUUCAUAAAAUUUUCAUACAUUUUCAUAAAAUUUAUCUUUUUUUUAAUCAUUUCAGAAAUAAAAAUUAAUGUUCACCUGAUUAUCUUAAUAAAUUUGUUUGAUUAAAUACAUUAAUUAGCCUACACUAAAGUGAUUUUUACAUUUGAUUUCGCCUAUUUGUUUUUCUUGAAUGCUUCUGUUUAGAUGCAAGAUUAAAAAAGUAAUGUACUAUUUAAUUUGUUUCUUUUUUAUAUUAGUUCUACUGUUUAUUUGCAUAUUUGUUCUAU